AUGCCGCCACCGGAUGCGCCGCUGAAAAUGGACCCCUUCCAGACGGUAGCACGAGAGAUGAAGUUCCUGACUGGCAACAUACGGCAGCUGCUGGGCUCGGGACACCCCACCCUCGACACAGUGGCAAAGUACUACACGCAGAGCGAGGGGAAAUACGUCCGGCCCAUGCUCGUCCUGCUCAUGAGUCGCGCCACGGCCCUCACACCGCGGGGCACAAGAUCAGCAACAGCAACAGCAGCGGGGGGCAGCGUCGACACCCCACUCACCUCCCCCGCGAUCCUCGCAGACCAAAACCCAGACACAAGCCCCCUCAGCAACUCAGCGCGCGACACUGCCUACACCCCCGACGACUCCGACAUCCUCCCCUCGCAACGCCGCCUCGCAGAAAUCACAGAACUCAUCCACACAGCCAGCCUCCUCCACGACGACGUAAUCGACCACUCCAUCUCCCGCCGCUCCGCACCCUCGGCAAACAUAGAAUUCGGCAACAAAAUGGCCGUCCUAGCCGGCGACUUCCUCCUCGGCCGCGCCUCCGUCGCGCUCGCCCGCCUGCGCGACCCAGAAGUCACCGAGCUGCUCGCCACCGUCAUCGCCAAUCUAGUAGAAGGCGAAUUCAUGCAGCUCAAAAACACAGCCUCGGACGAGAAAAACCCCGUCUGGACGGAAGACGCGCUCGUCUACUAUCUGCAGAAGACGUACCUCAAGUCCGCGUCUUUGAUUAGUAAGAGUUGUCGCGCUGCUGCGCUGCUGGGGGGUUGUUCCCCGGAGGUUGUGGAGAAGAGUUACCUUUAUGGGAAGAAUUUGGGCCUCGCGUUUCAGCUCGUGGAUGAUAUGCUGGAUUAUACGGUUAGUGGGGAGGAGCUGGGGAAGCCGGCUGGUGCGGAUUUGGAACUUGGGCUUGCGACUGCGCCGUUGCUUUUUGCGUGGAAGGAGGAGGGGAGUUUGGGGAGGCUGGUUGGGAGGAAGUUUUCGGGGGAGGGGGAUGUGGUGAGGGCUCGCGAAAUCGUACUCGCUGGCUCUGGACUCGAGCAGACGCGCGCCCUCGCGCAGGAAUACGUCGAUAAGGCGAUUGAGGCUAUCGAGGGGUUUCCCGAUAGUGAGGCCAAGGAUGGGCUGGUAGAUAUGUGUAAUAAGGUUUUGAAGAGGAGGAAGUAG